AUGAUGAUGAAGCUGAUGUUUGUGGCCAUGGUGGUUGCGCUGAAGAUGGCGAUGGUGCCCGCACAGUCUUCUGGUUGCUCUGCUUCUAAUUUUGAAAGAUUUAAAUUUGCGAUGAACGACUUUUUCCAGCGUUUGAAAAUUACAACUGAUUUUCCAAAAGAUGAGGAUUUUCAGGAUACAAAAAUUACAACUGAUUUUCCAAAAGAUGAGGAUUUUCAGGAUCUCUUCAACAUGUAUGAAACAUAUUCUGCUGCAUAUAAAUGGCCUGAACACAGUGGCAGCACUGAUGAUACAGCUAAAUUUUUACAAGGAUAUUUGAACGAAGUCAAACAGAAAUAUGGGUUGAACUAUGACACUUCGGAUGACAAUCUUCUGAAUAUCUACAGGCAAGUGGCGGAAGAUUACAGCAACCAUUUCAAUAAUACAAAAGAAAUGAUCAUCCCGGAAACUAGUUGUUGA